AUGUGUCUCGCAUCAGUUCUAUCUUGUUUUUUUUUAUGUGACAGGGAGUAUGAACUGUAAGAGAAUCAAUCCUUUUCGUGUCAAAACCUGUAAGCCAGUGCAAAAAUCAAACGCAGCAAGAGCAAAUCCCAAAAACUUCAAAGAUUUGACAAUGCCACUUGUGCGAGGAGCCGAUUCGGAUAAAAGUCAGGAAGGAUCGGGGUGUAUAACAAACAAAACCUAAACGAGCCAACACGCACGCUCAUCGCAUCUUUGCGUGCGCCGUGCAGCCGCCAUGGACAUAGACGACGACGCCCGCCACCGCCGCGUCAUCAUGUCAAGGGAUUGCCGGAGUCGCACGCCGUCUUCCAGGACGCAAGACAAGAACAGAUCGUUGCUCCUUGACAAGGUUCGUGCCUCCCACGCGGAGGCGCUGGAACGGCUGCGGCCGGCGGCGGACCUCGACGCCGGCCUCUGCUUCGGCUUGCUGGAUCCCGUCUCCAACGCCAUCGUCAACGCCGCCGUCUUCGCCGAAGCGGAAGAUGGGAACGACAGGACGGGGCGAUCUCUCGACGGCGCGGUCACCUUCCUCACCACGUUCUUCCCUCACCUCCCGGACUGGGAGGCCGUGCGCUACCUGCUCGACGCCGACGCUGACGUCCUCGUCGCGGCGCGCCUCGUCGUGCGGGACCGUGGACUGAGGAGAUUCGGGUUCGCCUCGGACACCGCCGGCGCCGCCGUAAGGUUGGCCCUCAGAUGCGCCGCGCUGGCCGUGAAGCAUCCGCAUCCCGACCGGCUCGUCCACGCGUGGCUGUCCCUGUCUCGCCGCCUCGACGAGGCCGUGUCCGCGCUCGCCAACCACGACGUGCGCGGCCUCGUCGCGCUGGUCGUCGACGAGGCGGAGGCGCCGGCGGCGGCCAACAUGGAGAGGGCGUGGGAGCUGGCAGCGUCCCGAUUUCUCGGCCGGGACAACGGCAUCGCCGCGCCGCCUUACCGGCACGCCAUGCCUCUCCAGAGGACGCUCCUCUACGCGAUCCAGGGGUUCUACCUCCGGGCGCUCGCCCGGCUGCCCUCCGGCGAGCUGCGGUCUCACUACCACCGGAGCCUGGUGAAGGCCGGCCAUUGCUACGGCCCCAUGGACCCCGUCUCCAACAUCAUCCUCAACGUCGUCUGGUACGACGCCGCGCACCCGCCGGUGGAAGAGCUCGAGCUGGCCAUGAUCCCGCCCAAGAGCAUGUCCAGCAUCGCCACGCGUUCCUUCCUCGGCCUCGUCUCCUUCCUCUGCACCCGCUACCCCAACCUCGGCCUCCAUGACGCCAUCCGGUGUUUGCUCGACUUCGACGGCGACCUCAACGCCGCCGCAAGAGAAGCAGAUCGGCGGCAGCACCGUCCCUCCUGCACUAUCCAGGAGUCCUACGCCGCCGCCGCCGCGGCGGCCCGGCACCCCAAACCGGACGAACAAGUGGAGUUCCUCAGCUCUAGCAGAGCCAUGACGACGCCGCUGCUCCUGCAGAACGGCGGCCAGCUCUCCUCGGAAGACGUUCGCCGCCUCGCCGCCGCCUUACUGCCUCCAACUCCCUCCGCCGCCGUCUCGCCAAUGCAGCGCAAACCAACGAAACCACGGCGGCGAAGACAGCUCAAACUGAAGGCGCAGAUCAUCCGUGAUCAGAACAAGAUCUGCAGGAAGGUGAAGGCUGCAUUGGACAGAUACGCGUUGCAGAACAACGAACCCGGUGGUUACGAGCUCCAUGUCAUCUGUGGCAUGAACAAUUGCGUAUCAGGACCCGUGUAUUGCACUGACGAUGACAUCGUCAGUUAUACUCCUCUGAUAUACUUUCGUUGUCAUGUCAAUUUCUUGGCUCGCCGGAGAGACUCCGAUCCAUCUGCCAUUGCCGGCGAGGGAGCUCUUCAACUCUUCUUUGCAGAAUGCGGUAACUAUCGCCUCAACCACGACGGCAUUUGCUGCCCAGUAACCAUAUCGCCACCAUGCUCAGAACAAGUGCGUUGCCUUUACUGCGAACAUGAAGGGGUUGGGAUUAUGCAUCCGUCGAUAGAAAAUUUCCAUGGGCGUGAGGUGGAUUUUGAGAAGAUGGUAUGUGGAGAAGAUACCUGCGGAGACGAAUUUGAUCCAGAAAUUGAUGAGGAACCGUUUUACACCAACGAUGGUAUCGUUAAUAGCCUCAAAGUGAAUAUUUUGUCCGGGUUAGAAGAGGAAUUCAUUUAUCGCAAUAGCGAUGAAGGCACCGACGAGGAAGAAGGUGACUCUGAUGAUGAUAUCGAUUUUGUGUGAGUUUUCUUUUUUUUUUACGAACUGGCAAAAGAAUUUGUCAAUUUCAUUGAGAAGAAAAAGAAUAACAUGAUUGUACAUUUUGAUUGGUGGAGUUGUGUACAUUGUUGUUGUUCAUGUACCAGUCUUACCAGUAGGUAUGAUAAAGAAAGUAUAUAUAAAUAUUCAAAGA